AUGGAUGAUAUAACCUAUGGUACAUUUUGGGAAUCUAAUUUUAGCUUAGAACAUUCAACGUUUCCAAAUACAGAGCCAGCUGUUUUUGAUAUAACAAAAUUUGGUGCAGCACCUGAUGGAAAAGCAGAUGCAAGUAAGGCUAUAGCAGAUGCUUGGAAAGAGGCUUGCGCAGCAGCAGGAUCUAGCAAAAUAUUGAUUCCAGCAGGGAAAUUCUUGGCAGGUAUAGUGAAUGUUACAGGUCCUUGCAAAGGGGCAAUAGAGGUAGAAGUUCAGGGAACCGUGCAAGCCCCACCAGAGCUUACAGGGGGAGAUGGUUGGUUUAAUUUUAACCAUAUUGAUCAAUUCACACUGUCUGGAAAAGGAACUUUAGAUGGUCAAGGACAAGUUGCAUGGAAGGGAGUAUCUUGUGACAAAGAUCCAAAAAGUUGCAAGAAACAUCCUAUGAAUAUAAGGUUUAACUUCAUUACCAAAGGCUUAGUUCGUGACAUAACAUCUCUUAAUAGCAAGUACUUUCACGUCAAUGUAUUGGGAUGUGACGACUUCACAUUUGAAGGCUUCAAAGUCAGUACACCUGAAGGUAGCCUUAAUACGGAUGGAAUUCAUAUUGGGCGAUCAAAGGGAGUGACUAUAUCUAAUGCCAAAAUAGGCACGGGUGAUGAUUGUAUCUCUAUUGGUGAUGGAACUGAAAAUCUAAAAAUCACAAAAGUGGCAUGUGGACCUGGUCAUGGCAUCAGCAUAGGGAGCUUGGGGAAGUAUGAGAAUGAAGAUCCUGUUUCCGGAAUUACUGUUUCCGAUUGCACCCUCACCGGUACAACUAAUGGUGUUAGAAUUAAAACUUGGCCUGCAAUGUUUCCUAAUACUGCAACUAAUAUUCAUUUCCAAGAUAUUACUAUGGAAAAUGUCUCCAAUCCUAUUAUUGUAGAUCAAAUGUAUUGUCCAUGGAACAAAUGCAAUAAAAAGGAACCAUCUAAAGUGAAGAUUAGUGAUGUUAGCUUCAAAAAUAUAAAGGGAACUUCUGCAACUGCUCUUACCGUUCAACUUAUAUGCAGCAGUGGAGUCCCAUGUGAAAAAGUGGAACUUGCGAACAUUGACUUGACAUACAGUGGUCCUGAAGGCCCAGCAAAAUCUGAAUGCAUUGAUGUUAAGCCAACAAUUGUAGGGAAGAUUCCAGAGGGAUGCAAAUAG